AUGUCUCGCUUCCUCCCCCUCUCCCUUGCCCUCUCCUCCAUAUUAUGGCUACCUAUAUGCACUCAAGCCCAUAUGCAGAUGAGCUGGCCAUACCCCCUGAGAAGUCCCCUUGACCCUGACGUCCCCGUGGACGAGAAAGACUAUGAUAUGACGUCCCCCUUGUUGGCGGACGGUUCUAACUUUCCUUGCAAGAAUUACCAGAAUGACACAGAUGGGUAUGUGACCAAAGCUACUUAUAUUUCCGGCGGCACCUACGACAUGUGGCUAAAUGGGACCACCGAACACGACGGAGGCUCUUGUCAACUAUCUUUGUCUUACGACAAUGGGGUUUCGUUCAAAGUCAUCAAAUCCAUGAUCGGUGGAUGCCCAUUGACACACAACUACAACUUCACGAUUCCCAGCUUUGCGCCUUCUUCGGAUUCAGCUCUGCUUUCCUGGUCCUGGUUCAAUCUCGUUGGGAACAGGGAGAUGUAUCAAAACUGUGCCAGAGUCCAGAUCAUCAGUGGACCGAACCAGCGGUAUCGACGAGCUUCUCCAUACAGACGACAAGCUUCUUCCAUGGAUCAGCUACCGGACAUGUUCGUGUGCAAUGUUGGCAAUGGCUGUCAGACCAUCGAAGGGCAAGAAGUGGUUUUCCCAGAUCCCGGUAACGAUGUCGUCUAUGGCCAGGAUGCAAUUGUUCCCGGGCCAGGUCCAGGCUUUACCAUCCAGGGGGUCGCUAUUUCGACAAGCACAAGUUCAGGCUCUGUGGCCUCCACUACCGCCGCAUCUACGUUAUUGGACGCUUCCACGACAACCUCUGAUUCUGCCUCCUCGACCACUACAAUUGGAACUACAACCACGGUCCCAUCCACAACGACAACAGGGUCUGGGUCAGCGGCGAUGUUCUUCAAUCUCUCCACCACUCUGGUCACAACCACAACCACAACCACAUUCCCUUCCUUUCUUUUAGCUAACAUGACAACCACUUCAUCCCCCUUCUCCUCAGGAACUAGCUUCACCACUAACAGUACAGGAACUGUGACUGACUCUAAUGUUUUUAUGAUUGCCCCGACGACGACGACGACGACGACGACGACAGCCGCUACGACCACGGCAUCCGACCUUGCGAGAUCCGACUUUGUGGCAUACUCGACGACUACGACUCCGACCCUCACGACUUCAGCUACCAGCACCUUGACGAGCACUUCCUUCACGUUCCCAAUAACCAGAGACACAAUACCAACUACUUUUACGACCUUGGCCCGCGUCGCCAGCACCAGCACCAGCAGCAGCUCCACUUCUGCCACAUCUCUCCCCCUCCCCUGCGCCCCCGGUACUUUCACCUGCAACACCCUUUUCAGCUUCUCCCAGUGCAUCGCCACCACAACGGGAACGACGUAUAUCUACAUGGGCCCCGUCGCCCCUGGCACGACCUGCGUCGAUGGCCAAAUCGUCCGCGAGAACGACGGGCCUUGCACACCCAACGGUGCGUUGUUCUGCAACGGGGAAAGAUCGUUUUAUCUGUGCGACCAGGGUGGACUUGCGGACAUGGGCCCUGUCGCCCCGGCGACGGUCUGUCGGAAUGGGGAGAUUGUCGCGGCACGAUGA